CCUUGUCCUACAUUUUCCCCGUUUUGGAGGUCCCCAGGAAUGGCAACCCUAGUUGUGGUGAUAUUUAAUGCAAGGAAAGCAGAAUCUGUGAACUUUGGUAAUGCACAUUAACGGAUGUGGGGGAGUGAUGGUUAAAGCACUUGAAAAUGCCAGCGUAAUUUUGGCCUUAUUUCUUUCUGUGACUAGUGUUACCAUGUGGGGAGGACUGCAUAUUUGCAUUUUCUACUUCUUCCACCAAAAUGCCUUGGGCUCAGCAACCUUCAGUGAGGAGAAAUAUUGAACCCUGUUCUGACCAGGAGCAUAUUGGCAACAUAGAGGAAGCAGCCCUAGCAAGGCUGGAAACAAGUUAUGGAGUUAGUCUUGGGCUGCAUGAAGCAGAGUCAGCCUAAGACAUUUUUAUUGCUGAGGCAAGAGACAAAACAUUGCUCCCUUCCCAGUUCAUGUAGAGAACCCAACAGAACUGGCAGUUAACUGUAUCUUAGAUCAACAGUGACAUAACAUGAGGAUUGGUAGGGUCUUCCACCACACCAGAGAGUAGCAGCUUUGUUUAGAGGUGGAGAUGGAUAGUGGGGGGCGGUCGAGAGGAAUAGUUGAAGGGUUGGCCGUGUUUCCUUCUGCACCUAAGACAAUUGCCUGGUUCUGCUUAAUGGUAGUGUGGACCUUGCUGAGGAGAGCUCCAAGGAAAAGUAGACAAGGACCUGACCUGACAAGUCCAAAUUCAGCUCAUCUCCUGUGUCCAUGAGCAAGUUUUCAUCCAUAGUUUUCUUCCAGCAAAGCCAGCUCCCUGUUGCCCCAUCAGGAGGAAGGCCCCUCUCAUCAGGAAGACAGUGGGCUUUUGGCACGGCUGUCCCAUAGCGAUGUUGGAGGCGUCUUUCGUCAGGCAGGGAGCCGAGUGCGAAUGAGAAUCCGGAAUCGCAAGGAUGGAGGAAUUUCCAGCGAUUUGAACACCGCUGAUAUUGAUGUGGGUGAAUGUCCCCGGAGCCCCACCUACCGCCUCCCUCAGCCCCAGGAGACUGGCCAAUAUUCAGUGGAGCUGCUCCGAGGACCCAAUGGCUUUGGCUUCAGUCUUAGAGGUGGAAGUGAAUAUAACAUGGACAUCUAUGUCUUGGCUCUCAUGGAGGGUGGACCAGCCCAGCAGUGUGGCAAGAUCCAGGUGAGUGACCAGCUGGUAGAGAUCAAUGGGGAGCCUACAGCAGGAAUGACACACGCGCAAGCUGUGGAGCACAUCCGCAAUGGGGGCAGCCGGAUACGCCUGGUGCUGAAGAGGGGCAACGGAUUUGUUCCUGACUAUGAUCGCGAGUACAACCAGAGCCCUGCCAGGUUACUGCAGGUGCCAGAGGCUGAGGACAAAGUCAGACAACGGCACCGGAGAUCAAAUCCAACCGGGGGACCCCAAAACCAGGGGCAGAACCCCUGUGAUGGAGGUGGCCGGGAGGCAUCACCCAGCAGCAGGCAGCAGCUUCCCAAAGCACGCCCGUUUAGCCGGCCACACCAUGGAUCCACCAAGGUUCAGGGUGAGGAAGAAGAAGACAGGGAAAGGGGCUGCAGGCAGCGGGAGCCAGGGAAGAACUCAGAGGGCGGGGAUGAGAGCAGCAAGCUUCUCUCUCCCAGGCCAAGCCGGAAACUACGGUCAGACCUGGUCCCUGGUCCCUGGCUUGUACCCAGUAAGGAGCGCCUGUCUCGCGCUCUGUGGGGCGUCUGCAUGGGUCAAGGGGAGGAGGAAGAGCAAAAGGGUGACCCAGGGAGACGGAAGAGCAUGGAGGUGAAAAGACGGAGCUAGACUCUCAGCAGCCACAAUUGGGAACUACUCAGUGCCUGGGGCAAUGGCACUGUCCACCCCCAUCUGGACCUAUGCAGUAUGACUUUCAGCCCCACUCCCAUUCACACUAUGCAAUGGUAGCUUCCAUUUUGCUCUACCCACCCAACGCCUCACAUCCACACUAUGCAAUAGUAUCUUUCACAGUCUCUUCUUUCUCUCUCCUUAUUCCCACUACUCAGUGCCACUCUCCGUGGUCUCGUGCAACAGAAUCUUCCAUUCUGUUGCUGCUAGCCACAGCUGCCUCACAAAACUGCAGUGGUGGUGGACACUCUUUCUGUGCUCUCCUACCUUUCCUGAAUUACAGAACUUCUGGCACAAUAAUUUUACAAAUGUUUUCCUAAGAAACCUGGCAUUUAGGAAUAAUUUGGGGGGUUAGAUAUCCCACCAAUGAGAACUACAGCAAUGGCAGAUCAGUUGCCUGAAAAGUGGCUUGUUUGCUGUUACUCCAUGGCAGGGGUAGGCAACCUUCUUGAGCCGGGGGCCGGGUUGCUGUCCCUCAGAUAACUGGGGGGCCAAAGCCAGGGGUGGAGCUUCCACCCUCCGGGGGUGGUGCCACACGUCAGGGGCGGAGCUUCCACCCUCUGGAGGCCUCCCCCUCUUUGCCGGCCCCUGACGGGGCCCCAGGCCCCGUCAGAGGCCGGCAAAAAAGCCGGUAGGGGCCGCCAGCGCUGGAGCCCUCCCCCUCUUUCCCGGCCCCUUAUGGGGCCCCAGGUCCCGUCAGAGGCCGGGAAAGAGCCAGCGGGGGGCGCUACGCUGGAGGCCUCCCCCUCUUUUCCAGCCCCUGAGGGGCCCAGGCCCUGUCAGAGGCCGGGAAAGAGCCGGCGAGGGGGCGCCAGCACUGGAGGCCUCCCCUCUUUCCUGGCCCCGCGCGCUCCUUCUCGGCCUCCGCGGAGGCUGCCUUCCACAGAGGCCGAGAGGAAAGCUGGAGGCCGCGGGGAGGCGGGGAAGGUGGCACAGCCGCAUGCAGGAGGCGCCGUCUCCACCUUCACCUCCUCUGCCCCAGACCUCGCUGCCCUCCUCUUCCUCCGCCUCCUCCACGCAGCCAUGCGCAGUGGAGGAGUAGGAUGGCAGCGAGGCCCCCGCGGGCGCCCAGAGAAGCACACAAGCUGCGGCGGGGGCAGCAAUCGGCGGCAGGACCGGGCUGGGGCCGGUCCUGAGGCCUUGCCAGGCCGGAUCCAGCCCAUGGGCCAUAGGUUGCCGGCCCCUGCUCCAUGGUGUAUGUUGUGCAGUGGAGGAGUAACGAGUGUGUUCUAGGGUUAGCUUUCAGUUUCCACAAGGUAGAGAUAAGACCAAACAGGCAUUUGGGAUUUGGCACCUAAUUCAUGCCCAGAAUUCUCUGCAACAUGCAAGGAUUGCAUGGCAUACACGAGGAAUUCUUGUGAUCUGCCAAAUCUAUGUGAAAAGGGUUUCCCUCACAUUCGUGGUUGAAACAAGUGGUCCAUGGCCCUCUGUUCAAAGCACCCACUGAUUGCUAGUGUGGUGGAUUAAGAUGUUGAGCUAAGAAUGGGGGAAACAUUGGUUUGAAUCCUUACUCAGGCAGGAAACACACUGAGUGACAGUACAGUGAUCACAUUUUCAUAACCAACCCUACCUGACAGACAUGUUGCAAAAAUAACUUUGCUGGGACAGGAACUGUGGAUGCAAUCUGAACACCUUCCUCCAGAUGUUUUGGACUUCAGCUCCCAGAACCCCUGGUUGUUUGCCAAACUGGCUAGGGCUUCUGGGAGCGGAAGUCCAAAACACCUGGAGGUCCAAAGUUUGGAAAACACUGCUCUAGACUUAGAGGAAUAAAUGCAACAAAUAAAUAAACUUUUUCCACUUUGAAUCAUAUCCUGAGUGGAACUCCUCGAUAACUACUCAGGUACCCUAUGAGCAGCAUCCUGUUAUGGAGGCUAAAGUUGUGCUACAUGAGUGAAGUGAAUUUUAUGGGCAAUGUGCAAUGGUUUUAUCCAGCUUGUGAAACCAUUGCACAUGAGGUAGUACAUAUGCGUUCACAGAAUAGCAUGUAAAUGCCCAUUGCUGUAGUACAAAGGGGUAUCAGCUAUGUGCAUUGAUCAUUUGUCCAUAUAUGUUGUGCUAUGCUGCUAUUCAGUGUGACGGCUAUGUAAUGCAGGUGUAACAUAUUUAUGAUACUUUGAGCUGAUGUAGGAUCUUGGCCCAUGAGUUCUGCUGAGAACUCUAGAACAUACUUUAGCAACAGGAUGGGGGAACCUGGGCCCCAUCAGAUGGACUGCAGAUUGCAUCACACCCAACCACUGACUGUCCGAUUAGGACUGAAGAUAGUUGCAGUCCAGCAAAAUCUGGAGGGCCACACAUACUCCAACCAUGUUUUUAAGAAAUACACUCAGUUCAUAUGAAACUGGGUUUGCCAUUGCCCCCUACAGACUGAAAGCAGAUCCCUAUAACACACAAAAUACACUCCCCUGUGACAGCACCAUAUAAGAAGUUUGAUGAUGGUAGCGGCUGAUAGUUGAGGGGAAGCUUGUCUACCAUUGCUGAAAUUCUCAAUGGAAGAAUAUCUUAUUUGUUUUUGAGGACACCUCUGGAGCAGCCUUCUCAAUUCUGGUGCCUUCCAAUAAUCUUGGGCCACAGGUUCAGUGGUCUCUGGGAAUGCUGGAUAGGAACAGUGUGAUAUGUGACCCAAUGUAUCUGGAAGGCACCUAUUUGGGGAAAGCUGCUCUGAAGAAUACGUUGGGGGGAGGGAACCUGAACCAAUGUCCCUUCUCACCUUACAAGAGAAUGCAGUUGUACGUUCCAUGCUGCUGUUGAGUAUCUCCCUGGCCUAUACAGCUCAAUAGCCCUAGUUAUUCUGCUGCUUCCCCUGGGCUAUGUAAUGGCCCUAUAGCCCUUUGGACCUGGCCAACUCCACUGGUGCCUCAUGCCACCGUGAGACUACCCAAGCUGGUGCUCCUUUUUUCUGCCCAGCUGUCCAUCAUGCAGUGGUAUUCUUCACUCUGCUAGUGCCAAUCACAACCUGCAUGAGAGCUGUCAUGUGCAAGAACACAGAAGUGACAUGCUAUGUGGGAGACAUGUGGAUUGGAAGAGCCAUUUGUUCUUGUGUGUUGCAUGCAUCCAGACAUGCCAACCUAUGCCAUUAAAAUGGCUAUAAUAUACAGAUUUUUUGUUCAUUUGCAACAGAAAACAUAUUAUUCUUGUCAGGCAGGCAAUUUCAGCUUCCCUCACUCAGUCACAGGCAUAGCAUGCUCCUACUAAUGAGCAUGGUUUGGCUUACCUUGCUUCCUUCUGCACUGAAACAAAGCACCACAUGCGGAAUUACUAUCGACAAAGGAUUGUAGGAGAAGGGAGUGAAAUAGCACCCUCAAGCUUCUCUUGAGCAGAUGGCAUGCAGCAAUAAAUACAGAGAGAGGUACAAAUUAAAUUGCUUGCUGCUCCUGAAGAAGAAAUUGUUGCUUCCCAUCCUAUCUGCUGCACAUCCCUGAGUUCUUUAUAUAUUCGUGCAGCUACUUCCAGCAUUCUCAUGACUAAGUAUUGACGUGGCAAAACCCUGGAGCAUACUGGCAAAAAUUGUGCCUCAUGCUCUGACCUGGGAGGUGUCAUGCACACUGCAUGCUGUGUGCAAUCAUGAAGUGAUGUGGAAUGUGCAUGUGUCCACAGGGUGCAUUUGAACAAGCACUUCAGCAAGGCUUGUGCUUUACACAGCUUGGGAGUCACAUCCAUUGGCACAUGUAAGAAAACCCCAUAGAGAUAAGCAUGCCAAAAAGGCCAUGUCUUACCUAUGAAACCCAACUCAGUAGCAUUCAGAAAUCCUGGCAUUUACCUAAAGGCGAGCUUGCAGCAUACCAUGCAAAGCCUCCAAAGCUCUUGCAGUACUGCCAUCCACUCUUAAUAUGCAAAGAGGUGCAGGGUUGCAAAUCUGCCUGAUGAUCUACCACCUAUUUUCUGGUGCAUCUGUAGAGAUUGGCUGUCUCAGAGGUAAGAAAGAAAGAUACUACUCUUCACAUGCUCAGAGGCCCUCUAAUAUACCCAUAGUUCGAAGUGAUGCACGAGAGUCUGAUACUCCAGAGACGCUAUCAGAAAUGAAAUAUUAAAGUUGGUUCUUCUGCUGUUCCAUUUUCAAAAGCGACCUGGCAACGAGCUAACCUGAUACAACAGAGGACAUUGCUCAUGUACUUGGAGUACCUGCAGGUGCCACCUUGAGCCUUUUAAAGUGAAGACUGAAAUUAACAGUAGCAUGAGAGGAUGCUUUAGACAUGCCUGGCAGUGCAGUUAUGCAAAAGAAAUUAUUUU